AACUUCAACUUAUAUAUAUAUGAUACAUUUGAACACGGCUCUUCCCCAAUUCUGAUUUGCUUUGCCCCUUCCUUUCCCUUUCAAAACCACUGGUUUUAAGUUUUCUUGUUUAUUUAUUAUAGAUAGCUAUUGGUUUAAGUUUUCAUGUUGAUGGCUGAUUCAAUUGAUGAGGAGUGUGAUUAUCUGUUCAAGGCAGUUCUGAUUGGGGACUCUGGAGUUGGGAAAUCCAAUUUGCUUUCCAGAUUUUCCAAAGACGAAUUCCGCUUAGACUCCAAGCCCACCAUCGGAGUCGAAUUCGCUUACCGGAACAUCAAAGUGGGCGAUAAGCUCAUCAAGGCUCAAAUUUGGGACACUGCAGGCCAAGAAAGAUUUAGAGCAAUCACUAGUUCAUACUAUCGUGGGGCGCUUGGUGCCAUCCUAGUGUAUGACAUAACCCGGAAACUAUCAUUCGAAAAUGUGAGUAAAUGGUUGCGGGAGCUUCGUGAAUAUGGUAAUUCCGACAUGGUUAUUGUUCUUGCUGGUAACAAAUUGGAUUUGAGUCACUCUAGAGAGGUUAGCGAGGAAGAAGGCAAAAAUUUUGCAGAGACGGAGGGCCUGUGUUUCAUGGAAACCUCUGCUUUAGAGAAUGUGAAUGUUGAGCGAGUGUUUUUGGAUAUGAUUUCUAAGAUUCAUCAAAUCACAAGCCAGAAAAUUUUGGAAGCUAAACUGGAUGAAACCAUUCCAAGUCCAAGUCUUCAUGCUGCAAAGCAAACCAUCCACAUUGAUGACCAUGAAGUUACGGCUACUAAACAACCUAGUUAUUAUUGUUGCUCAAAUUAGAUUGCUCCUCCAUUUAUACUCCAAGGGAGCUUCUUGUAUACAAGAGUUUUGAGGUUGAUUAUUAUUAUUAUUCUCGUGUGAA